UAUAAUGCCCUUUGAACGCUGCGGUUUGCUCCGAUCCUUUACUGUUGGUUAUCUCACAGUCCCAUCAUGAUCGACCGCUGCUGAUUCGGACUUGUGGGCUGCACAUUAACAGUUGUACAAUGUUCAGCGACUCGAGAUGCUGGGAUCUGGAGCAAAAUAACAAACUGCGGCAGGAACUCAGUUUUAGAUAGAAACGCCUUCUGAUGUGAAGCGAACUCAAAUGCGCAGUUGUUGGCAAUUCUGGAGAAAGGAUUGCUACGAAGACUUUCUCCGGGAUUAAUGCAUAGGGAAGGAAAUGGAAGACGGUGAAAGUGGUCACAAGGACAUGCCGGGGACGGUAGAAGGACGAGGAAUAGCGACGCUGAUGCAGAAGUGGCAGAAAUGGGCUGGUGACUACAGGGAAUAUCAGAGGAGCAAUCCUUUCAGUGGCUCCCAUGUGGCGUCGUCUUUGGAACAGUGCAAAGCUGGAGAGGAAUAUGGGCGUCCGAAAAACGGAUCUAAAACCGAGCAACGGGGCAGGGAUGCGCAUCGCCUGGUUGGUAGAGAAAUCGAAGAAUUGCUUUACAUUAUUAAAAGGAACGGAGAAAGCGGUUCAGAUGGAAACAUUUGCGUGACGUUUGGCAGGUUGUUCGAUGCCUAUGUGACAAUCUCCAAUAAAGUUGUGGGGCUCCUCUUGCGAGCGAGGAAACACGGUCUAAUUCGUUUUGAUGGUGAAAUGCUUUGGCAAGGAAGGGACGAUCAUGUUCUCAUCACACUGGUGGAAUGAAAAUAGGCUCCCUUUAGUCGUUAGGAAUUGAGGCCGUGUGGGGUUUCGCUGUUGACAGUUUGGUUUGGAGAUACAGUAUCAGUUGUUUCCAAACCCGGGACUUGCAGCUCUCUGGUGUAUAACAGUGAAUUUGCACUUAUUGUAAGCAUUAAGAGUGUCACUGAAACCUACAAACUGUAAAAGUUAGCAGUAGCUUGAAGCUCCACUUACUGAUUUAACGAGAAAUGUUGACAACUGGUCAAGAAAAAAUGGAAGUGUCAACUACAAUUUUAUGUCAGGUAAUGAGGAUUUACAUUUGGUUUGUUUUGGGUAAUCGACGUAACUUUGCUGUAACUGAAUUGAGAAUUGAGAUGGGGUUUUUUAAAAUCUCGGUAUGUUUAUUUUUGACUCGCGAAAAACAUUAAAAGGUGUAUCAAACUGAAAGAAAAUGCAUGUCAGACGGAAACCUCUUUCCGAUCUAUUCUGCCAACACGACAGAUUCACUAGAAUCUGCUGGGGAUUAAUUUAAUAAAACAAAUGUAAAGCUAAUUUAAUGGAGACAAAAGUAAAUAUCCGUUUACAUCGAGUUCAACAUUGUGGGAAUUAAGGGCCCGAGACACAGAUACUUGCCUCAAAGCAUUAACUAAAAUCCUAUCAUUCUAUCAAAUGUCUGAUUAUAAAUCUCCAACGAAAGUGGCAAUAAAAUAAUACGCUUUUAUUUGCUGUAUUACUUAUCUUCCACUCGUGACUGUUCUCCGGGUGCUUCGGUUUCCUGCCACAUUCCAAAGAUAUUCAGGUUUAUUGGUCAAUUGGCUUCUGUAAAAUUGCCCCUACUAUGUACAGUAAAACUAUUGUACCGGUGAUCCCUGGUCGGCGCGGACUCGUGGACCAAAGGCUUUCCACGCUUUAUCUCUAAACUAAACUGAAAUGACUUGCUAAAUACAACAUCCGACAGUCUAAAGGGGUGAACAUUUUGUCUUUUUGCUAAAUACAUAUUCAUUCUUUUGCCAUUUGGCUAUUGUUGACUGAGCUAGCAUUUAUUAUCUUCCUCUGAUUACCCUUGAUGCAGAUAAGCCGUCAUUAAUAGGUUGAAGGCCAAUAGCAAAGUGAGUAACACUGCCAUCAUGGAGCUUCAGUAUGCGGACGACUGCACCAUUGCAGCGCACUCCGCAGAAGACCUCCAGGGCAUCCGGAAUGUCUUUGCCAAGGCAUACAGAGCUAUGGGCCUUGCCUUAAACAUCAAGAAAACCCAGGUCCUACAUCAACCUCCGCCUAACCAGCCGUCUAUCCAGCCCACUAUAAAAGUGAACGACACCACUCGUGAAAACGUUGAGCACUUCCCCAACCUUGGCAGCAUUCUUUCCUCAAAACCUGACAUCGACUCUGAGGUCAACCAUCGUCUGAAUUGUGCCAGUGGAGCCUAAGCCAGUCUCAGGAAAUGAGUCUUUGAAGACCGAGACCUAAAGGCUCAAACAAAACUGCUGAUCUACAGAGCCGUUGUCCUCCCCACCCUGUUGUAUGUAGCUGUCAUGAACCAACUACAGCAGGCACCUGAGCCCUGGAAAAGUACAAUCAAAGAUUCUUAGGAUCAGCCGUGAAGACAAACGCACCAACAUCAGCGUUUUGUAGGAAGCCAACAUGAUCAGCAUCACCACCACAAUAAUGCAGCACCAACUUCGAUGGACUGGCCACGUCAUCUGCAUGUCCAACACACAUCUCGCUAAUCAAAUCCUGUACUCUCAAUUGAAAGAAGGUUGGCGAGCCCCCGACAGGCCAAAGAAAUGCUUCAAUAGCAACAUCAAGAACAGUCUGAAGAAAUUCCACAUCACAUUGAGCAACUGGGAGCACAUUGCACUGCACAGGCGCUCCUGGAGGAAAUCCGUGCUGGAAGAAGCUGCACGUCAUGAAACGGAACUAUGCCGUGUCGCAGAGACAAAGCCACAGCACCGUAAGAGAGAGAGAAGGGGGCUCGACGACUACCAACCACCGCCAGUCUCCACUGCCUACAUUGCACCAAGGUGUGUGGAUCACGGAUCUGCCUCUACAGAUAUCUGCAGACCCACAAGUAGACGACCCUAUGGAAAGGAGGACAGUCAUACUCGUUUUCUGUGACCACCGAUUAUUAUGAAGACCAGCUCAAGGUGCUCGCACAAUUAUUGAAUAGGGAGUUCCAACAUUUAGGUGCAGUUAGGGCUUGGAACGUGUAGCGUAGUACCCGAGGUGAUUAAAUGCAAUGCUAUUUGCACUGGUAUUUGCACUUCAGCCACUGCAAGGGUGAUGGAAAGAAUGCACUUUUGUGUGUACAAUGAGGCCCCACAUAAAAGAGGCUGCUUUGUCCUGAACCACGAUGAGCUUGAACGUUGUGGCUGGAUUCGUACGAGUAUUCUUUAUUGACCUUGCAGCUUUGUUGUUAUGCGACUGGUCCUCAAGAGUCUCUAACCUUCCCCACCUCGAUUAUAGGUUUAUAGAUCGCAGGUUAAUUAAGGUACAAUGAAUAUUAAAAUGAUGAAACUUUAUUGUUGGAGAUCACCUGGCAAUUCUUAGCAUAUGACCAAAUGUUACUUGUCACAUCAGCUUUCCCCACAUGUAGUCUAAGAUUUGCUGUGUACCGUGGCGGUGAAUCGAAUUGAACAUUGAGCAAAUGCAGGAGUAACAAAGUUACCCAUUCCUUCUCUCCAGGGAUGUUGCCUGUCCCGCUGAUUUACUCCAGCAUUUUGUGUCUGACUUUGGUUUAAAUCAGCAUCUGCAGUUCCUUUCUACACAUUGAGCAAAUACACCUACCCCUUACCUUGUUAUUACGUGAUGGAUGGAAGGCAGUUUAUUGAUGAAAUAGAUGCAAAAUGGCUGAAUUUGGGACACUGCCACGAAAAACAGUAACUUGUCCUGGGCCAGGGUUAAUUCAUCUUGAUCAUGGUCAAAGGCAACAUUUUUUUGCUUUUAUUUUUGCAAAUGUCUAAUUUGCAAACCAAUAGAAUUCCAUUACAUUUUCUAUUUUCUCGCCUUAAAGAGAAAGAACAACUUUUACACAAUGAGUAGAACCAACAAAUUCUGGAAAUGCAUAGGUCACACAGCAUUUGUGGAGAGAGAAGCAAUGUUUCAGGUCAAUGAUAUAGGAGAUAUGAUGAAGGGUCAAAGACUUAAAUUUUUUAACUCUUUCUCCACAGAGGCGUUUGACCCACUGAGUGCUUUCAGCAUAUAUAUUUGGAUUUAAUUCAUCUGCACUUCGUUUUGGUAUUCUCUUUGUCAUAUCAUCCUUUGAGUUGGGUUUGAGUUUAGGUUAUUGUCACGUGUACUGAGGUACAGUGAAAAGUUUUUGUUGCGUGCCAACCAGUCGGGGAGCAGGAACCUCUUCUUCCCCCCCAACUCUUGCCAAGUAAUUCACAACCAUUACAAAAAAUACGACAAGCCACACGGAAAUAUUCUAAGAGGUAACCAUAAAAUUGUUAAAACAUCUAGCUCCAAAAAAGUGAAGAUGUAUUUGGCAAUUGUGCUGGGAUAAAAAUUGAGCAAUAUGGUAAAUUAAGGAAAAAUACAGAACGUACAAAAAAUUGUAGGUUUGACUUUACUACAAUAGUGCAGCUAGUAGCUUCAUUGCCAUGCAGCACAUAGAUCUGAGUUCAAUCAGGACCACUGGUACAGUCUACAUGAAGUUUGCACAUUCUCCAUGUGUGCACAUAGGGGAUUAUUAUAAAUGGGAGGUUAAUGAUUGGUGUGAAUUGGUGGGCUGAAGGGAACAAUUACCUGCUUAUCAUUCUGAUGCUAAAUAAAAGGCCAUCGAACUGGAGGGAUGUUCACUCUCCGGGAAUUUAAUUUUCACACUACAUUUGGAUUAAUUAAAAUAUGUCAGAAUGGGGCAGUGCUGCAGAUAAAAAAAUAUAUAUUCCAAAGGGAAAAUGUAGGAUAAAAAAUAUAUACAUUACAAGGGAAAAUGUAGGCAUAAAGUAGAUUUCUUUAAAGCCUUAAGCUUGACAUUAUGAUGUCAUUAAACUGGAAAGGGAGCAGAGAAGAUUCAUGAGGAUGCAACCAGGACUGGUGGGCUUGAUUAAGGAGAAGCUGGAUAGGCUAAGACUGCUGUUACUAGAGCACAGAACUUUAAAGUGGGGUGACAUUAAAGAUAAGUGAAAAUCAUGAGGGUUGCAGAUAAGGUGGAUGGUCCCAAUCUUGCUCUCAGUGUAGGGCAGUUUAAAACUAAAAGCCAUAAGUUUAAGGUGAGAAAUGAAGGAUUUAACAGACACGAGGGACCAUUUUUUUUGUCACAAAUGGAACAAGCAAUGAUGCAAAUCAGUGGUCGGAAAAUUACCAGAGAGUAUUCUGAGGGAUGGAAUAUACAUGCAUUUAGAUGGAUAAGAGCUGAUUAGGUAUAAUUAACAUGGUUUUGUUUGUGGGAAGUUGUGUCGCACAAAUCUGAGUUUUUUGAGGAUGUGCCUAAAAAGGUUGAUGAAGGCAGAGCUGUAGAUGUUGUAUACAUGGAUUUCAGUAAGGUAUUCGACAUUGGUGAUGGGUGCUUGCAACAAGCUGCUGGAGGAUAUUGAGGCAGGUACUAGCGCAAUGUUUAAGAAACAUUUAGACGGGUACAUAUAUAGGACUGGUUUAGAGGGAUAUGAGCCAAAAGCAGGCAGGUGGGGCUAGAGUAGAUGGGACAUGUUGGCCGCUGCGGGCAAGUUGGGGG